UCAUCGUUCUCAUGUUUUUUUAUUUUUUAUUUAUUUUGUAUUUUGCUUUGAAAUAUUAAUGACUAGUGCUAGUGCUUGGAACGGUUCUGAUCGGUUUGAUUAUUAUUUUUUUUUUUUUACUGUUUGUGGCUUUCAUUUUGCAAUUUAGAUUGUUCAAUUCAAUUUAUGUUGAUAGACUAUGAUUGUGUUGGUCGGUUAUUUAAUUCUUUUUGAACAUUUUUUUCUUAACUGGAACUAAAAUUUGAUCGUUCUGUUCUUUUCUAUUUGUUUGUGUAUGUUUUCUGACUAUGGUGUGUUUUACAAUACUUGAUUAGGGAUUUAGAACAUGGUACCUCUUUUGAUUUAACCACAUUGAUUUGUAGCUCCAAUUUUUAUGCGUUUUUCGCUUUUCCAUGAUAAGAUUUUCCUUUUCGAUCCAUGUUAGGGAUCGGGAGCGGACCCGGAUCCCCGACUACUGUGAGAAACGAGAACUUUUAAUUAUCACCAUUGGAUUAAAAUUAACGGCUGUGGUUAUAAUUUUAAUUAAAAGAGGCGUGCGACUGGAACUUAAUUUGUUUCAUCCGUCCAAAGUUCCUGCUUGCUGCUCUUCCUCGCACAUGUUGUGACAUGGAGGAGCGUGUGAAGGCGAUCGUUGAAAACCCUAACUCGAAAUGCAAGUCUCAAGAUGGGUUAGUCGACAAUGAAAGAUGUCUAUGUGAAUUAGCCACGUAAUAGACCCCAUUCGACUUCCUGUAUAUUGCCAAAUUCCACCUAAUUGAGACAGAUACAUAUGGCUUUUAGUAUGAUUUUAAAUUUUCCUUAUAAAUACUUCAUUGGUUUGUUAUAAUGGACUAUUGCCAGGUGGUGUUAACACUAGCUACUUAGGGUGUAUUUAGUUUUGCUUUUGGUAGAAGACAACACGUAGCAAAGAUGCAAAUGACAUUCUGACGACUACAUUUGACAUUUGAGAACUACUUCUAACUUCCCAUAAAAAAAAAUUGGAUUUUGUUACUUAAUGUAUUGGGUUCCAGCUUCGUAAAAAGGCACAUUUAGGACAGAUUUUUAGGAAUAGCCUAUUUUUAUGAUGGAGAUAUCGUGGCGGUGGAAAGGAAGAAUACACCACAGAGGGGGACGAAGAAGUUGAAUUCACAUGCCUUUUUUUUUAUAUAAAAAUGGCUCCUUGGAAUUGGCAUAGGGAGGAAGGUUAUUGUCUCCAGAAGCCAUCAAAUUUUGACAUUUCACAAGAGCUGUGGAACGAAGUUCCUGGAAUUGAAGACCUUCCUAUCGAGCUCGAUGAUGAAACAACCCCUGUGAAGGCUUGCAUGGAUUUUCCAUAUAGUGUCAACGGCAGUGAAUCAAAUGAUAUACAAAAGGAUCAAGAAGAAUGCUCGGAGACUUCUUCGCAAGCCAAGAGACGGCGGAUGCUACAGUUCAACAAUCAGAAUCAGAAUAGGAAUCAUUCCCUUUCAGAUGAACAUAUGUCUUCAGCAUAUCUGCAAUUAAAUGGGACGGACUACUCCAACGAGGAUAUUUUCCCGGAAGUUUCGCAAUGGCUAUCUGAGGAUUCAGAAAAUGCUUCGUCUUCCAACUACGAGGACCUUGAGUCAGCUGAAAAGUGGCUCGCAGAUUGCUUGAAGGAUACUGAAAUCCAGCAAUUAUAUCCUGAUAAUCCGAACUUUUCUGGCGCAGAUGAUGUUCAUAUUGAUGCUACUGAGAUCUGCAAUUUAACACCACCAUUUGAACAGAAUGUGGCUCAGCUUCAAAUCUCUUCAACUCCCAGAAAAAUUGUCUUCAAAGGUCGAAAAUCUAUUAUGAAAACACCAACAGGGUUAUCUUCUUCUGUGGCCUAUCCAUUUGCCUUCGUUAAACCCUGUGGUGACCGUGGAGAUGUCACGCUGAAGGAAAUAAAUAAGCGCAUUCAGUCUCCACCUCCUUCAAAAUCAAAGCAAAUCAAGGAGGAUUAUCCGAAAUCGGCCUUUUCUGGUAAGCCUGUCGUUGGGAAGACAAAAAUACUCACCGAAGGUGGAAAAGGUAGCAUCACAAUUAUGAGAACUCGAGGCUAGCUAGGUGGUUUAGUACUAGCUUUUGUCUUUCCCCAUUUACUUAUGGGGUUGACUUUAUUUUCUGUGAACUACCAGAUAUCAGAUACUUGAGGCUAUCUUGUUUAAGAUUGUUUUCCCUGCCGACGGAACUAUUUGGUGUUCCCAGGCCAUUUUUGUUGAAGCUGCUAUAUAAUCGACGCGGUUUAAAUGCUACAUUUUGUUGACAUAAAUUUAAAGUCAACCAAUACUUUAGCUUUUGAAAUGACAGGUUCAUGAAGUUUGCUCUUAGCUUUUAUUUUUUGGUAUACAGCAGUGGGGCCUAAGCCCAAGUUGUUUGUUCUUAGUUUUUGUAACUGAGUCAAACUUAGUUUAGUUUUAUUAUUUAUGCCUUACUUUUGUAGCUUUGUUUCAUGGAUGCAUUUGAUACAGAAAUUGCAUAUCCAUGCCUGCAUAUAUGUUAUGUGUAACCAUAACUAUCUGUUUUA